AUGUCAAGAGGCGGUCGUGGCGGCUUCGGCGGCCGCGGCGGCGGUCGAGCUGGAGGAGGCUCCAACAUGCCACCCAUGGGCUUGAGUUUUCAAGAACUCGGCAGUCUCGACAAGACCCCAUCCAAGCUAUACCCUGAAGCACCGACCGUCCCACGCAUGGAGCGACCGGACGACAAAGAGAUCCGCUACGCAUCCUAUCAGCUCAUGUACCUUCAAGAGCAAAAGACUUCCGCCUACUGGCCCACAUUAGAACAGCGCAAACAAGGUGACCUCACACGCUUCUCAGAUCGAUAUCGUCCCGAAUCUCAAGACCUUCCCUCACUCAAGUCGAUCAACCUACAGAAAGAAGUGUUCCCCAAGGGACUCUGGGAUUCGUUCAUGGAGGGAGAGACUAGGAGAGAAGAGCAGAAAGCUAAGAAAAAGUCUCGUAGAAAGAUCAAUUGGGAAUCCAUCGAUAUGGAGGACAGGCCAGGUGGAGAAGACGAUGUUGGUGGUGAGAACUCCUCAGAGCCCGAAGAUCUUGGCGAUUAUGAGGAUGAGGUGGACGACGACUACGCAGAGAACUACUUCGAUAAUGGAGAAGAUGACGAUGUUGGUGAUGAUGAUGGUGGUGAGCCUGCUUAUGACUAA